UUAUUGACGAUUGACUUGCACUUCUUGCGCCGAGGAGACUCCUCAUCCAACACACUCGUUAGACGGUGGCAGCGUGAAAUUAUCCGGACACAUAUCACCAAGCGACGAAAGACGAUCACGUUCGCACCGCAAUCGUUACGAGACAGACCACAUUCCAUCAAAACAGCUCAACCCAACCUCACUCCUGGCCGCGACAACAACUCGCAUGCAAAGCCACCGGUGUGACGCGAAAUCGCCAUCGCAGCCAUGAUUUCCAGUCUCCUGCUCGGCGUCCUCGUCACCAUCGCCGCCUCAGCCCAAGCCCUGACUCAAGGUGUCCUCAGCAACGGCAACAGCAACCUCCCUUCCUGCGCGCAGAGCUGUCCACUCUUGAUUCAGGCCGCUCAAGCGUGCUCGGCGACCAACACCGCGACUCAAGCGAACUGGAUCUGCUUCUGCCAGUCUGCUUACCUGACCACGCUCCGGAGCUCCGCCGUCGGCAUUUGCGAUUCCACCUGCACCAAUCCCACAGACAACAAUCAGAUCUCGACGUGGUACAACAGCAACUGCGGCAGCGAUAAUGGCGCGUCGGAGCAUGCGGCCGGCGAUGCGGCGGCGACCGGCGUACCCACCACCACUACGGCGGGAGGUGCGGCAUCUACGGCGAAAGGAGGAUCAGCAGCGACGGCAGGCAGUGGUGCCACCGCAUCGAGUGCUCCUGUAGACACCUCCUUCAAGGAACAGUGCGCUGGAGACUGGUGGACAUGCCAUUACAAAUGGAUCAUCAUGCUCAUCGUCCUCGCGAUUCUCUUACCUCUCCUCGGAUGGGGCGCACAUUACCUCAAACGCCGCCACGACCGUAAAGUCGACCGAAUGUCUGGCGGCUUCAAUGCUGGCAUCACCGAACGAGCCGCUCCUAUGAGCAAAGAAGGCUUUAACGACAGCGACAUGGUUGCCGCAGCCGCAGCCGCAGCCGCGUCGAGCUCCGGUCGUCCAGGAUCUCCAGCAAGGACUCGAGACCAAUUCAUGCCGUAUGGGUACGGCUACACACACAGCGACUCCAGGACAGGUGUCGCGAGAGGUGGCACACCUGAUGUCGAGAAGGAAAGAGGACCGGCGGAGUCACCCAGGAAUCCAAGGAGGGUCUUGGUCAGGGAGAAGAGCGCCACCGACAGCUCCGACGGCACGCGAUUUUAGGGUACACAAACCUGUGGUCAUUGUGUCGCAAGUGAUGGGGUGCGGGAUUCGGAGCAUGCGUGCGUGCUGUGGCAUGGAUACAUGAUCGAUGAAGAUCGGAGGAAAGCAGCGCUAGAGAUGGCGGCGGCGGUUGCGAUAAUGCUUGACGAACAUGUCUUUUCUUAUCUUGAUGUACAGAGGCGCAGUCUUUCUGAAGAAAUAGCAGCCAUUUUUGAAAACC